CCUCCCAUCAUCAUGUGUACCCGUCCAUACCCAGACUGCAGUGUGGAGCAGGGGGAGUGUUGUGACAUGGACAGCACCAAUGAGAGCGGGUUGGGCUCUGACACCUCUGACGGGGGGCGGAGCAACGAGAAGGAGGAGGGGCUAGGUGGACUGUUCAACAAUUCUGGCCAGCUGAUUGGCUCGGCUUCUGCGUCCGUCUUCUCGGGGGAGGAACAGUUUGAGGACUACGGAGAGGGGGAGGACGUGGACUACACUCCCAGCAGCCCUUGCCCCGACGAUGACGCUCGCACCAACGGCUUCUCGGACCUCGGCUCCUCCCUGCCCUCCAGUGCUGGUCAGACCCCUCUGAAGAUGUGUCACCUGUACAACAGUGAUGUGUUGGAUGUCUAUUGUUCUCAGUGCUAUAAGAAGGUUAACCUGCUCAACGACCUGGAGGCCAGGCUCAACAACCUCAGAGCCAACAGCCCCAACAGAAAGAUAUCCAGCACUGCCUUUGGACGUAAGUUACUGAGAUCAUCAUUUUACAGCCCCAACAGAAAGUUGUUCCAACACAACCACAGUGCUUUCAGCAGCAGUCAGGGAAGCACAGAGGACCUGUUCAGAGACUCCAUCGACUCUUGUGAUGUGGACAUUACUGAGAAGGUGAGUUACCUGGAGAAGAAGGUGACAGAGCUGGAGAAUGACAGUCUGGUUAAUGGAGACCUCAAGUCUAAACUCAAACAGGGCAACACACAGCUAGUACACAGGGUUCAUGAGUUGGAGGAGCAGCUGAAGGAUCAGGAGAGCAGAGCAGAACAGACCCUGGAGGAAGAGACACAUAGACACAGAGAGACCUACUGCAAGAUGGAGAGAGACAAGAACACUGACAUAGAGCUGCUCAGUAACAGAGUUCAGCAGCUGGAGGAGGAGAAUGGAGAGAUGAAACUGAACGUGUGUAAACUGAAGUCUCAGACUGAGAAACUAGACCAGGAGAAGCAGCGUAUGACAGACCGGUUGGAGGACACCAGUCUGAGGCUGAAGGAUGAGAUGGACCUCUGA